AAAAAGAAAGAGAGUUUCUUUCUUUUUGCUGAAGUGGAGACCCUACAGUCAAAAUAUGAAACUAAUUCUUUAUGGCUUUCUUUCAUUGUUGUUUUUUUCUCUUCGUGAAAUACUCUCUUUUUGUCUUUGGUAAACAUUAUUAUUUGAUUACAAUUUAUUAAUUAAAAUUAUUAUACAUUUACAAUGUUCUUGUACAUAUUUCAAGUCGACACUGGAUCAACGUUUACUCUGGAUCUUAAUUUAUCCACUGAAACAGUAAAAGUGCUGAAAGAAAAUAUUUAUAAUAGAACUGGUAUUCCAGCUGAUAAACAAGCCUUACUAUUGAGUGGAGGUGAAACGCUUUUUGAAGAUGCUAAGGUUUCCUCAUAUCGCUCUGCUGGUACAGAGACCAAUCCAAUCUUUUUGUUUAACAAAGAGGUUGUUGAACAUGAUAACCCCCCUUCCCCUGUGGUAAACAACAUUAAUGACGCAGAUAUGAAGGUUAGAAUAAAAUCUUGUUUUAAUAUGGAACCUUCAAUCAACACUGUAACAAGCAGAGCAGAACUCGCUCAGCAAUUAUACGUUAUUGCUCAGGCACACUUACAAUGUUGCGAAAAGCUGAUUCAAGAUCAACAUCUACAACAUCAAGGCUGGGCUGCAGUAUUGGCUAAUAUUGAAGACCUAUGGAAAGUUGUUUUAAAUAAACUUGAAAUGUUGGACACAGAAUAUGCCAAAUUCAAAGAACGGGAACAGGUCUAUGACCAAUCUAUCGAUCGGUUGGAAACUGAUCUGGAAAUUUUAACAAGAAUGCCAUUAUUACCCUCACUCAUUGAGCCAUCACUUCAAGACAAAGGAAAGGAUCUAUCAUUAGCAGAUUGGAUUGGUUUUAAAUGGAGUAAUUUGAAAGAUGUACAUACUAUGGCUAACAGUGUUCUUGAAUUUCAACACAAGUCUCACGAUGAGUUCAUGGCAGGUAUUGACCACGAUAAAAAAACUGUCUUGAACGGUAUAAAUUCAAAAGAAAUAAGAGAAAUCAGUGGACUUCAAAAUCGCUUACAAAUGCUUAACGGGUUUCUUUCUAAAGCAAAAAAAUUGACUGCUGAACUCAAUGAAUUUGCUCAAGCUUUUCAUCAUAACCAGAUUAGAGCAAAUGUCGUACGAGACAAUUCUAUUCUUCCUGAUCUGUGCAAAACUCAUGAAACACAGCUCAGAGUUGUUUCAGAUAAAUACAAUGAGCUCUGUGAUAUUCGUGAUAGAUGUAUCGCUGCCAAGCGAGAAUUUUGUGGUGUCAUUCAUCGAAGGCUCCAAUGGGCUACACAUAUUUCUCGACUCAUCAGUGGCUUGUCCCAUAAACAAACUUUAUGGGUUAAUUCACUUAACCGUAUGGAAAAAUUUAUAAAUGUAUUUGACCAAAUCCACAGGACUCCAAUGCUUUACUUAUCUUACGUAGCUGAAAUCUAUCGUAGACGUUUUACUUCACAGCGAUUUUUAUCAUGGGCUAAAAAUGUUGCUAUUCAAUCCAGAGCUUUCUAUGAGAAGGAAAUGGAAACCAGAAACGAGUUUGAAUCAAAAAUUUCUCAACAUUUUCUCAAGUCUUUAUUUUCUGGCAUAAAUGAUCGACCUCCACAAUUUGCUACUCAAGAACCCGAGCCAUUUGAUGAUAAAUUACCUGAAGUAACUCAAUGUGAUAUUCAGAAGCUAGUUGAUUUAUUCCCUCAAUAUAGAUCAUUGUUGGAUGUAGCAAUCCCAGAAGCAGUUUCACCGGUACCUAGUGAAAAACCUCCAAGUGAACCUAUUAAAUCGAUUAAACGGCGUAUUGUUCAAUUGCCACCCAAAAAAGUAGAGCAACCUGAGCAGCCAGAACAGUCUGAUCAAGACAAAAUUUCUUAUUUUUCAUGUGAUGUUGGAGAUUUGGUUCUUUUGACUUUUAGCGCUGUUCACAAUUGUUAUGUUGCUUUCUCAAACGCUUUUAAUCCACAUUUUCUCCACCAUGAGUGCCAUGAAGCCCUGGGUUUCCUCAUAGGAGAAGGCAAAGAAGUACCAGCUUACGGCUUUGGCGUCGUCACCGAAAAAGUAUUGUGCCAAGCUUCAAAGGCUCAAAAUCGUUAUAAUGUUCCUAUGAAUACUAGAUUCUAUCGAUUCAAAGCGAAAGCUUGGAAUAAGGCAUCAUUAAGUCGUCGGCCGAAUAUACCUCUAAUUCCUGCUCCGAUUCCAAUCAGGAAUAGAUCAUCAGCGGGAUCACCAAUGGCAUCAUCAUCAAUCGAGCAAGCACUUCAAACUUCAUUGCUACCUACAGAGUUUCAUACUACCAGCCAUACUCCUAUUUCAUAUCUUUCACCUUGUAUGGCCACUCUUGACGUUAUUAAAUUAGCCAAAGAAGAAACGAAAGAAGAGCUUGUAAAGGUCGAAGAGCCCAUGGAAGAGAGUAAAUUAUCAAACAAGUUAACCGUCCAUGUGAACGAGUCUAUGGAAGGGAUGAAAGUGGAUUCUUUAAAAAACUCAAAAGAUGAAACAAAAGUGGAAAUUGACUCUGAUUAAAUCAUUACACUUGCUGGCAAUUAUUUUCAUUUUAUGUAAAGUUGGACAAACUUUUAUCUCUAAAUCUCAUUCUGUUCACAUGUAAAAGAAUUACCACAAACUCAAUUGGAACUCUUAACCCGUUUCUUCUAAAUUCAAUUAGAAAUCUUGACUGUCAAUCAUACAUCUUUCAUCAAACCUUUAACCAUUUUACAAAAUAGAUAACUUUUGUAUGAUCAAAACUUGCUAAUAAAUCAAAAGAUGAACAA